GAGAUGCUGGUAGAAUCAGAGAAAUAUAUUGCUGUGAUUCAGAAGAUACUUUAUGAACUGAAUCACACACAUGAAAUCUUAGACGAGGAAGUAAUUCUACACUGGUAUAAGCGAGGAGGAGCCAGCACCCCGGCUUUCCCAAAGCUCCAGAAGGCUAUUGCAAGAUUUAUUGAAUGGCUAGAAGAAGAGGAUGACAGUGAUGAUGAUGAUGACGACAGUGACUAAAAGGGAUCUCCACCUUGCAGUACAAAGAACCAGAAAAUAUGAAUUCGUUUUUUUGCCAAGUUUGCGGAGCAGCUCCUGUUGCAUGUGUCAAAACUUAUACUGAGCAUCAAAUUAUCAUUUCUUUAUAUAUUCUUCUUUGUUGUUGGUUGAAUAUAAAUAGGAACUGAGA